AUGGAAAGAAAAAUGAAUGGCUCCUAUGGACUUGAUUAUUUCGAGGAUAGUAAGCAGAAACAUUGGGGAUUUUGGUCCACGCGGUGUAGGAAACAAGAAGUACGAGUACGUUUUAUUCAGAAAGCAAUCCUGACAGGAAAACCAGAUUCCAACAAUGGAAACCAUGGUCUUGUUCUAUUGUACAACGACGGUGAAGGGAUUGCAUAUUACGGACGUGCCGGGGACAAUUUUUGGACUGUUCUCGAUAUUAGCCAUGCACCUUACGAUGACAUAAUCUGCCAUGAAAACAAUCUCUUUGCAUUGGGAGACUAUAACAGUAUUGAAGUAUGGGACUUGCAACAAGGCAGCGGCUAUUUCUUAAGUGAUCUUUGCAGCAGGAGGUUUUACUUGGUCCAAUCGCGUGGGGAUCUUCUGUUGGUAGUGAGGUUCAUUGCGGAUGAUGGGGAUCGUGAAACUGAUUACCGUAUAAUUUUGUUCCAUGUUUACAAGCUGGAUUACCAUGGAAGAAAAUGGGUGGAGAUCGAAUGUUUAGGCGAUCGAGCUCUGUUUCUCGGAGGAAAUCAAUCGGUUUUGGUCUUGACUCGCUCUUUUCCCGACUGCGAGAAGAACUCGAUUUACUUCACCGACGAUAGCCGGGAGCGAGUGGAAGAUGAUUUCUUCUACGGUGGACAUGAUAUGGGCAUAUGUAACUUGAAAUACAAAAGUUUUAAGUCAAUCUAUGAGUUUUCUUCACACCAUAUUGAGCCACCACCUUGUUGGAUCGUCCCACCCGCCAUGCUUGAACCUUAG